AGACUCAAACUUGAGAACUUGAGUGUGCAUCAGAAUCACCCAGAGGGCUUGUUAAAACAGACUGCUGGGCCCCAACUCCAGAGCUUCUGAUCAAAAAACUGCACCCCACUAAACCAAGCCACGUGAGAAUACACAGAUUGCAUCGCAAGUAUCUACCAGCUGCCUCAAUUCUCCACGUGUGUUAUGAGCCACCCCAUCUGCGUCUGGUGAUAGAACUUUCCACUCAGGGAUCUCAGAUAACCCUCCUUCCACCACUUCACGAUAACUUACAAGCUGCACCGUUCUGACGCCCACUUCCACAAGCAAACGUCAGGUCUUUCUCAAGGGAUUUUUCUGUCUGGCUGCAUAAGAUGAGAAUCCAGUCCAUUCUGGGGUUUGGAAAAAACUACAGCUGUAAAACUGUCAGCAUCCUGGGACCAAGUUAGUUCUUUCCUGCAAAUACUGGACCAUGGGAGACCACCUUGAACUUCUCUUUGGAGUGGUGCUUAUGGCCAUUCCUGUGUUUGGAAUUUCUUCCUGCUCCUUUGAUCGUGGGAUAGCCUUAUACCGUUUCUGCAACCUCACCACGGUUCCCCAGGUCCCCAACAGCACUGAGAGACUCCUGCUGAGCUUCAACUAUAUCAGGACAGUCACUUCCACGUCAUUCCCCUUCCUGGAGCAGCUGCAGCUGCUAGAACUUGGGACCCAGUUUACGCCAUUCACUAUUGACAAAGAAGCCUUCAGAAACUUGCCCAAUCUUCGCAUCUUGGAUCUGGGCAAAAGUCAGAUACACUUCUUGCAUCCAGAUGCGUUUCAGGGACUACCCCAUCUAUUUGAGCUUAGAUUGUUUUUCUGUGGUCUUUCAGAUGCUGUAGUAAAAGAUGGUUAUUUCAGAAAUUUAGAAUCCUUAACUCGCCUGGACUUGUCCAAAAAUCGGAUUCGUAGCCUUCACCUUCAUCCUUCAUUCCGGGAGCUGAAUUCCUUGAAAUCCAUAGACUUUUCCUUCAACCAAAUAUCCGUUGUAUGUGAGGAUGAGCUCAAGCCCCUCCAAGGGAAAACGCUGUCCUUCUUUAGCCUUGCAACUAAUAACCUGUACAGCAGAGUCUCAGUGGACUGGGGAAAGUGCAUGAACCCAUUCAGAAACAUAUCCCUGGAAACCCUAGAUGUUUCUGAUAAUGGCUGGACAGUGGACAUCACAGAAAACUUUAGCAAUGCCAUCAGUGGAAGCCAGAUUUUCUCCUUGGUUCUUGACCACCACAUUAUGGGUUCUGGGUUUGGCUUCCAUAACAUCAAAAACCCUGACCAGAACACGUUUGCUGGCCUAGCCAGGAGCUCACUGGUACGCCUGGACCUCUCACAUGGGUUUAUCUUCUCCUUGAACUUCCGGCUCUUUGAGACCCUCAAGGAGUUGAAACUUCUGAACCUUGCCCAUAACAAGAUUAACAAGAUUGUAGAGGGGGCCUUUUAUGGACUUGACAGCCUCCAAGUUCUCAAUCUGUCAUAUAACCUUCUGGGGGAACUUUAUAAUUCUAAUUUCAAUGGACUACCAAAGGUAAGGUAUAUUGAUCUGCAAAACAACCACAUUGGGAUCAUUCAGGACCAAACAUUCAAACUCCUGGAAAAUUUAUAUACCUUAGAUCUCCGGGAUAACGCUCUUAAAACAAUUUAUUUUAUUCCAAGCAUUCCUAAUAUCUUCUUGGGUGGCAAUAAACUAGUAACUUUACCAAACAUAAACCUAACAUCCGACUUCAUCCAAUUAUCCGAGAAUAGACUAGAAAAUCUGGCUGAUCUCUACUUCCUUCUCCAAGUGCCUCAUCUUCAAAUUCUCAUUUUAAACCAAAAUCGCCUUUCCUCUUGUAGCCAAAGACAUACCCCUGCACAGAAUCUCAGCUUAGAACAACUUUUCCUUGGAGAAAAUAUGCUGCAACUUGCCUGGGAAACUGGGUUCUGUUGGGACAUUUUUAAGGGACUGUCUCACCUCCAAGUACUGUUUUUGAAUAGUAACUACCUAAAUUUCCUUCCACCAGGAGUAUUUAGUGAUCUGAUUGCAUUGAGGGAGCUCUAUCUCGGCUCCAACAGGCUGAUGGUUCUUUCUCCUGGUGAUUUACCUGCUAAUUUAAAGAUCCUAGAUGUAUCCAGGAACCAGCUCCUGUCUCCUGAUCCCAGUUUAUUUGCAUCACUUAGUGCUGUGGACAUAACAAAUAACAAUUUCUUCUGUGAGUGUGAACUUAGCGCUUUUAUCAAUUGGCUCAAUCAGACAAAUGUCACUCUACUUGGGUCUCCUAAAGACAUAUACUGCAUGUUGCCUGAGGCGGUCUCUGGGGUCUCCCUCUACUCUGUUUCCAUGGAGGGGUGUGAUGAAGAGGAAGCCUUACAGUCCCUAAAGUUUUCCCUUUUCGUCUUUUUCACUGUGAUGUUGAUGCUCUUCCUUAUGACCGUCCUCAUAGUCACGAAGUUCCGGGGGUUUUGUUUCCUCUGUUAUAAGAGAGCCCAGAGACUGGUGUUCAAGGACCACCGCCAGGGCCUGGAAGCCGAUACGUACAAAUAUGACGCCUACUUGUGCUUCAGUAGCAAAGACUUUGAAUGGGUGCAGAACGCUUUGCUCAAGUGCCUGGAUGUUCAGUACAGCGACCAAAACAGAUUUAGCCUGUGCUUUGAAGAAAGGGACUUUGUUCCAGGGGAAAACCACAUCAUCAACAUCCAGGAUGCCAUCUGGAGCAGCCGAAAGAUUGUUUGCCUUGUGAGCAGGCAUUUCCUGCAAGACGGGUGGUGCCUUGAAGCCUUCAGUUACGCCCAAGGCAGGUGCUUAUCCGACCUCAACAGUGUCCUCAUCAUGGUGGUGGUGGGCUCCCUGUCCCAGUACCAGCUGAUGAAACACCAGCCCAUCAGAGGGUUCAUGCAGAACCGGCAGUACUUGAGGUGGCCUGAGGAUCUUCAGGAUGUUGACUGGUUCCUCAAUAAACUCUCUCAACAAAUACUCAAGAAAGAAAAGGAAAAGAAGAGAGACAAUAGUGUUGCGUUGCAAACUGUAACAACAAACUCCUAGUCAAAGGGGCAGCUUUCAACUUAUCUCAAGCCACAAAUAAUUCACUUCGUAUUUGCACUAAGUCACCAUUUUGGGCUUCUUUUUUCUACCAGGAAAACAACAUAAAUCUCUUGAUUUUCAUAUCAACACAAUGUUUCGUCUCACUGACCUCCAAAUGGAAAAUAAUAGAUCUAGAACAUGCAACUGCCCUGAGGAAGUCGGCUAAGGAUUCAGAGGUUCCCACUCGCCAUUGAUUUCCUGUCAGACCCAAUAAUACUGUUCUGUCCCGUUGUAUCAGGUAUAGGAUGUCUCCUUGUUGUGGGAAGGGCACCUUGGGAGACAUUACAGAUGGCUGACAUAUUUCUCCAGCAUUCAGGUGAUGAAUGGGCUGGCCAAUGAGUCUGAGCUCUCUGGACUCUGCAGAACAACACAACGUAGAAAGCAGACAGAAAGAGAAGCACGUUACCUGCCUUGGCCUUGGGAUCCUCUGCAUAAGAGCAAUGCCGUCCUUGGGUGCAGGACAAGCUCAAUCUCAGGGAUAAGAGGUAGUCCCAAAGAAACUGGGACGAGAAUUAUUGUUGUUAGUUGUCGUCAGGUCAGCCCAACAUGUGAUGACCCCAUGCACAACAAAAUGAAAUGCUCAGGUCCUGCACCAUCCCCGUGAUCGAUUGUAGAUUGGACAAUGUUGCAUUGUAAUCCAUAGGGUUUUCAUUGGCCAAUUUUCAGACGAAGAUCUCCAGACCUUUCUUUCUAGUCCAUCUCUUAGUCUGGAAGCUCCACUGAAACCUGUUCAGUAUCAUAGCAACACACAAGUGUCCACUGACAGACAGGUGGUGACUGCGCAUAAGGUGCACUGACUGGAAAUAGAACCUGAGCCUCCCACACGGAAGACGAGAAUUCUACCAACAAUGCCCUCAAUGGGAUGCGAAUAGCUAGAUCUGUUGUAGCCGGAGCAUACUCUUACUGUCAGCUCCUAAGGUCAGAGCAGAGCUUGCUCCUCAACAACAUGGGCCAUGAACAUUGUUUUGCAUGCCACCUUUGUUUCAGCCUGGCAGUCAGACCUUCCGAGAAUUUGCACCCACCUACCAUUUCAGCUUUCUUUCACACCACUUCUCAUUUAUCAAUCACUCAGCCUGUUAUGGAACGAGCAUGGACUUUGGAUCCAGAUUCUAGUUUGAGCGUUUGAGCUCUGAUUUUGCUGCUUGUUAGCUGGGUGACGUCAAGCAAGUUACUUGCCCUGGCUGUGCUUUAGUUUUCUCAUCUGUGGAGAUAAUGAUGUCUACCUCAUAGAGUUACUGUGAAAAUUAAAUGGGUCAACAGUGUCAGGGCUUCUCAGAUCUUUCGCUUAAAUUUCCCCUAAAGGCCAUGAACAUGCACACAUAUUUAGGAACCUUUUGGAAGCAGUUACAAUUUUUUUGAAGUUGAAUUUUUUAUCUUAAUAUAUGUAUAGUGUUCUAUUCCAGUUUUUAAUCUUUUAAAAAAAAUAUUGAAAUGUUUUUCCAUAAAAACGUUAAGAAAAUGUAGAACUUCUGGGCAACAUGGCACUAUAGUCAGAAGCACCACGCUGUCGCUCCACGGCAAAGAUCAGAAAAACUAAG